AUGGCUGAACUGCGGCCUAGUGGCGCCCCCGGCCCCGCCGCGCCCCCGGCCCCGGCCCCUGGCCCCGCCGCGCCCCCGGCCUUCGCUUCACUCUUUCCCCCGGGGCUGCACGCGAUCUACGGCGAGUGCCGCCGCCUCUACCCGGAGCAGCCCAACCCGCUGCAGGUCACCGCCAUCGUGAAGUACUGGUUGGGUGGACCAGAUCCCUUGGACUAUGUUAGCAUGUACAGGAACUUGGGAAGUCCAGGUGCGAAUGUUCCUGAACACUGGCACUACGUUAGCUUUGGACUGAGCGAUUUAUAUGGCGACAACAGAGUCCAUGAGUUUACAGGAACCGAUGGACCCAGUGGCUUUGGCUUCGAGUUGACAUUUCGACUAAAGAGAGAAACAGGAGAAUCAGCUCCACCCACAUGGCCAGCAGAGUUAAUGCAGGGCUUGGCCAGAUAUGUGUUCCAGUCAGAAAACACCUUCUGCAGCGGUGACCACGUGUCUUGGCAUAGCCCUUUGGAUAAUAGUGAGUCAAGAAUCCAGCAUAUGCUCCUAACUGAGGACCCGCAGAUGCAGCCUGUGCAGACUCCCUUUGGGUUGGUUAUCUUCCUCCAGAUUGUUGGUGUUUGCACAGAAGAGCUACAUGCAGCCCAACAGUGGAAUGGGCAGGGGAUUCUUGAGCUACUUCGAACAGUCCCUGUAGCUGGUGGCCCUUGGUUAAUAACUGAUAUGCGGAGAGGCGAGACCAUAUUUGAGAUUGAUCCACAUCUGCAAGAGAGAGUUGAUAAAGGGAUUGAGACAGAUGGCUCCAAUCUGAGUGGAGUGAGUGCCAAGUGUGCCUGGGAUGAUCUGAGCCGGCCCCCUGAGGACGAUGAUGACAGCAGGAGUAUUUGUAUUGGGAUGCAGCCUCGCAGACUUUCUGGCAAAGAUACAGAGCAAAUCAGAGAGACUCUGAGGAGGGGCUUAGAGAUCAACAGCAAACCUGUUCUCCCUCCAAUCAACACCCAGCGACAGAAUGGCCUGAAUCACGACCGAGCACCGAGUCGCAAGGACAGUUUAGAAAGUGAGAGCUCAGCAGCUAUUAUUCCCCAUGAGCUAAUUCGCACACGACAGCUUGAGAGUGUACAUCUGAAAUUCAACCAGGAGUCUGGAGCACUAAUUCCACUUUGUCUGAGGGGCAGACUGUUACACGGACGGCACUUUACAUAUAAGAGUAUUACAGGGGAUACAGCCAUCACAUUUGUAUCAACGGGCGUGGAAGGCGCGUUUGCCACUGAAGAGCAUCCAUAUGCAGCCCAUGGACCCUGGUUACAAAUUCUGUUGACUGAAGAAUUUGUAGAAAAAAUGCUGGAAGACUUAGAAGAUUUGACUUCUCCAGAGGAAUUCAAACUUCCCAAAGAGUACAGCUGGCCAGAAAAGAAACUGAAAGUCUCCAUUUUGCCAGAUGUUGUGUUUGACAGCCCACUGCACUAGCCCUGAUUUGGCCCCUUCCUUCAGACGACCAUGAGAGCCCGGCCUAGCUCCCAAGUGACUCAACAGUGUAAUGAUUGCAGUAAAAACGAUUCCUGCAAAUAAAAGGAAAAGAGAGAGGAUUACUGCACAGCUACUGCAGCCCACAAUGGGGUGCGUAAACAGGGCCUGACUGACCCUGGCCCCGGCUCCCUUCCACCUCACCUCUUAUCUGGGGGCCAGGCCACUCCAGGCCCAUUAUGAGUGAAUGAGACCUUGUUCCAGCCCAGCUCAGGUCCCACCAGACCAAGCAAGUGGGUAAUGACUUCUUCAUUCCACCUCUGGUUCUGGUUUGGGGAUAUGGCUCUAGGACCCCUGACUUUCCCACAAGCUGUCUGACCUCACUCCUCUAUGCUUGCCCACUUCUGCAGGUCUGGGGAAGAGCCCUAGACCCACAGAUUAAAUGCGCUGGCUCCUCCUGACUCUGGAAACCUUUUGUUAGUCAAAUUCCUCCUGGCUACAGAACAAUUCCUCCGAAUAUGUUUGGAUUUUUUGGUUGUUUUUUUUUUUGUAUAUUAUUUUUUAGAAACCAUAUGGUAUUUAAUUGUUCCACAAAGGUGUCUAGAAACUGUCGUGCAUAUUGGUUUUGUUUUUGUUUUAAAUGGAACUGAUUUUCAAGUUGAACUUUCUUCUCUUGGAAAAGGACAGGGAAUACCUAGCCUUUCCCCCUUCCAUAUCCCCCCAACCCAGCCAUGUCACUAGAAGGUGCUUAGUGUUUGUUUGCCUGCCAAUGAAUAGCUAUCAUAGGGCCUUUGGGACAGAAGGACUUUUCUUCACCUGCUCAUAAGCCAUUUUGAUCCACAGGGUCGGUGUUCAGAAGCAGGAGGCAUCUAGGUAGAACAGGGGUGAAGCUGUGUCUCAGGAGACAGAGACCCCUUAAAUCGAUAGUAGGCCCUGGCUCAGCCCUUACUAGGAAAGGCUGUGUUUUCUGCCAGGUGGGUUGGGCUCUAGAAGCCUCAGGGAGCCCCUUGGCCUGAAACAGGCGCCUGUGAGGCGUGAGGACUGCAGCCAGCACUGCCCAGACUCUUGGAAACUUGGAGAAGAUAUCAGCCUCGCCUUCUCAGUGGGCUUCUCACUCCUAACUGGGGCCAGCCUAGGAGAGAGGGAGAGUCUCAGCCCCUACAGGCACCUCCCCCACCUCUAGCUAGCUCAGGGUUUGUGUGACCUCUUACGUCCCCAUUCUCUCUCCUCCCUGCUUUCUGAUCUCAUCUUCCCUCAGACUCCAACAGCUCCAGGCUCUAGGAAUUUCUAGUUUAUUAAAAGCUGAAAAAUAAACUUCCAACAUCUGUCUUGUUAUCAUUUAUAACAGCACAUUCCACCUCUUCUCCCAAUAUUCCUUUAUUUGUUCUUUGUUCCUACCCAUCUCUACUCCCUCUACCUCUGUCUUCUAUACUUUUCUCUUGCCCCUGCAUCUCCAGCUUUUCUCUCUCAACAUCUCUGGCCUCUUUCUUCCACUAUAUCUCUGGCUUCUUUCCCACUAACAUCCUCUAGUCUUUCUCUGUAUCUCUUGUCUUUUCCCCUAUACUUCUGUCCCUCUUCCCCCUAAAUCUCUGACUUCUCCCCCUUCAUUUCUGGCCUUUCUCCUACUAACAUAUCUUCGGCUUCUCACAUCCCUGGCCUCUAUCUUCUUACAUCUUUGGCUUCUUUCCCCCCAUUUUUCUAGUCCCUCCUUCCCUUUAUCUCUGACUUCUCAUCACAAGUCCUCUCUCUCCUAUCAUUCUUCAAGUACCUGACCUAUCAUCCUCUCAUAACCAACCCAAUUCUGGCCUUCAAAGGCCCCCUUUAGGUUCCCUCCCCUCUCUCCAGCCCAAAUCUGAAUGAAAUUGUUUUAGCCGUGGAAUUAAGGGACAAUUUCUGGCACCAUCUAAUAUAUAUCUCCAUUAACAUGAGAAACACAACAUGGGACAUAACAUCAAUCAUGUCUCACAAAAAGCUGGCACAAGAGGUGACAAACCACUCAGAUGCCCAAUUAGGCAAAGAAUUGCCCUCAGCACUUCUUUAAGAAAUGGAAGAAAUUAAAUUGGUGCCAAAGAGCAGAGGAAAAAGCUGACAUUAAAUAGCCUCCAAGAUCCUUAACCCUUUC